AUGGCAUUGGAGCAGUUCACCAAUGAACGACAAACUGUCGGUGCACCCACAGGUCCCUUUAGGGUCGCCCCCAUCGGACAACUUCAACCAACACAAAAAUCGCCCUAUGAACCGGGUCAGCUAAUUUUGCACCGCCUCUUUGGUUAUCGCGGCGUGGUGCUCAGCUCCUGGAAGGCCAACGUCUACGAAAUGAAGACCUACACCCCUGAAAAUGAUAAGUCCAGUGAUAUAUCAGAGGGGAUCUCUCCGUCGUUUAAGAUCUCGGCGAAAUGCGAACAACCGAUGCAGGCGUAUGCAGUCCUGUUUGACAUUCGGGAUGCCGCCUUAUCCAGCCCAACAAUGAUAGCAGGAGUUCCAUUUUUGCUAAACGGUGAGGGUCCAUGCGAAGCUACUUUCAAUGUAACUGAUAUGGACUAUGCGUUCCAUGAGGACCUCAUCCCCUACACCUGCACGCACGAAUUGCCACUGAUGAAUCCAUCAUUCAUGGAGUUGAUGCACUUCGAUCCCGAUGUAGAACCGAAGGUGUACCCGACAGAUCGUUUGGAGCGGAUAUUGAAGAAGUAUGGCUCCCUUUUAGAGGUUCAGAGUGUGCACCAAGAAACCACAGAUGGUGUUCGUGUCACUGCUGUCCCAUUUCUUAUGGGUCGACGCAAGGUAAGCGUAAGUCAACAAAGUUGUCUGUGGCGUUAUCUAAUUCUCAUCGAGAAUAUGACAAAAAGAGGCAUGAAACUGUGUGGAAUUUACUGGAACUUUAGCACCCCAGAGGGCAGACCUUUGAAUGAUUACGAAGCGGAUUUUGUUGACACGCCGGUUCUGCCUAUGAGGAGUCCCUAUUUCCAGUAUCACGGUUGUCUCGAAAUGCCCAAUCCAAGUGUAAGAGCAAGCGGCUUUUUUCGACUGGAAGACAUCGAUGGUAUUUCAGUGAUUGUGGGUAUCCCUAACUUGACAUUUUCUGACGGUGAGUAUUGCCAGGAGCUUAACGCACCAAACGCUAGCUCUGACGAUGAACCCAAGUAG